GUCCGUAAACAGCAAUCGUAGAAUUUCAUUACAAAACAAUGUCUCUAGCAUCCGAAGAAAGAUCAAAGCUAAACCCGAACGCUCCGCUUUUCAUCCCGGCCGCCUACCAGGUGGAGGAUUUCUCCCCGCAAUGGUGGCAACUGGUCACAACCUCGACAUGGUACCACGACUACUGGCUGAGCCAACACCAAGAAGAGAGCGACUUCUCCUUGGAUGGCGAAGACGAUUAUGACAUUGCUGAAUUUCUGCCACAGGCCUUAGAUCUUGAAGGCAACGAAGACCUCCGCACCAUGGAAGCUGAAUUCGAGGAGUUUAUUCAAGCUUCUCUCAAUGAAGGGACCCAAUAACUUCCUUAAGGUGGCCCAAGAACUUCCUUGAUGAUCAGCUUGCUUGGAUUUUCAGGUUUAACAUGUUGAUAUAAGCACAAGAACAAAUCUGCAGUUUUUUCUUUUUCUUUUUAAAAUCUUCUGUUCAAAGUGACUUGUGUAUAAAGCAAAGUUGCUGCAACGCCCACUUGUUCACCAUUGUGCAUCUUACUUUAUGCGUCCCCCAAAAACAGUGUAAAAAUAAAGGAAAUAGCUUUUAAAUGAGACCGAUGAGUCUUCGUUGUCUA